AUGGCACCCUCUCCGAAAGAAGGCGGAGACGCGAAGGGCGAGUCCCCUGAUCUCGCGGAGAAGUACGCGCUGUUGCAAGCGAAGUACGACGCGCUCCUGAAGAACCCACAGACCCCGGGUCCACGAUUGCGAGCUGGAUCAGAAGCAUCCACGACGACUGUUCGCAAGCUUGGUGAAGAUGGGACUGUUCAUCUCACCCUCGAGGGAUCCGAUUCGGAUGCCCCCCCAAAGCGCGAGCGCGCGGUACGCCUGCGCGACUCCAAAGGCCGCUUUCUGAAGAAGCAGCCGCCAGCGAGCGACCUUGAGAAUGACGAUACAUUUGCCGAGGCAUGGCAGACCAUCAAGCCCAAUCGGAAGAAGAACCUGUUUGCAAAGAAUAGCGACCAGAAACGCAACAGGCGCGAUGAAUCGGUGUUCGACCUCAUGAGAGACUCCGAUCAGGAACAGGAUGCCAGAGAAGCAUCCGAUCCUGACUCCGAUUGCUCUUAUAGCUCGGAUGACGAUUCGCCGGACUCAGACUCUGACAAUCGCAGCGCUUCUUCAAAGAAAAAGAAGCCCAAGAUAGACAUCCGAAGCAUGAGGGCAUCUCAGGAGCCGAUACAGCGCGCCAUUCAGUGGAAGAAAUUCAAGUUUUCCCCGGUGAAAGAAAACUAUCUCAAAGGCUUUGAGAAUUGGGUGUUAUACAAGGACACUCUCCUCAUCUCCCUCUAUAUGAUCGGAUGGGAUUGGGGUGAUGAGAUCAGCCGCGAGGGAGAUCUCACCAUCGCUGAGGCAAUUAUCAACACCUGCAAAGCUGGCCCGAUCGACCUCAUCUCCGGACUCAGAGGUGGCGUCGCGAUGAUCAAGGCUCUUGAUAAGGCCUACGCGACAAGCGGCAAGAUACACCAACGAGCGCUCUGGGACGAGCUCACGAAGCUCGAGUACGAUGGCAACUGCCCGAUCAGAUACACCUCGAAAUGGCAGAGACUUGUUUGCCAGUGUACAGACUCAGGCUUCAAGAUGGGACGAGAUCAGCUCGUCACCAUGUUCCUCUCAUCUACGAAGAGCAAGGCCACUGGAUGGACAAAGCAGAUCGAAAAGCUGCUUCGAUACCAGAAGACGGGUCGUGUGAGCGUCCUGAUCGAGGAUUUCCACAACGAAUUCAAGGAUAAAGUCGGCAAGAAGCCUGACACCAACAGUUCUGACAAGAAGAACAAGGGACAGGGCGGUCGCUCACACGCUGCAGAUGGCGAUGACAAAAAGGAUGCCAAUAAGGGCGCCAACAAGAAAAAGAAGUGCAAGGGACUCUCUACUGAUGAGUACGACAAGGAUAAGGGUCCCUAG